GCCUCACACUCCCACUUUCCAUCCCUAUAAUUAUAAAGCCGGAAGCUCUCUCGUCUUUGUGUCUUUCCCUAAGCAGAUAGCUAACCCUAAUCUCAUCCUUCCCUCCCUCUCGGUGGAAACGCAACAAUGAUGGAGGAGCUGUACGGCCUCGGGGGCCCAUCGUCAACGCCUUCAGCUGGUUUCAGCUCUGAUCAAUACUACUCUUCAUCAAUGGCUGCUAUGCCUUUUCCGGCGAAUCAGACGGUUCUUGAUCAACAGGUGGACUACUACGACAACUACAGGAGUAGGAGCGCUAGCUUUGAGCCUUUAGCUGCGGCUCUGGGGGAGCAGCGGUUACCCGGGACGGUGAGGCCCGACCAGAUGUUUUCAGGGUCGUCGUCCGGAGUGUCAGACGCUGCUUCGGUGGUGGCAGCUGGGAUUCAAAGAGAAGGAGGAGGAGCUUGGGGAGAAGAGGUUUCUUGUCAUAUGAAUAUUGAGAAGAUCGCUUCACAUCCUCUAUACCCUAAGCUUAUUCAAGCUUACAUCGAUUGCCAAAAGGUGGGAGCGCCACCAGAAAUAGCAAGUGUGUUGGACGAAAUCCGGCGACAAAGUGAUCAUCUAAUUUCCACGAGACCCACCGCUUCAACUUGCAUUUCUACUGCCGAUCCUGACCUCGAUCUCUUCAUGGAAAGUUACUGCGAAAUAUUGUUCAAGUUCAGAUCGGAUCUUACGAGGCCAUUUGAUGAAGCAAUCACCUUCUUGAACAAGAUGGAGACGCAGCUCAACACUCUCGCCAAUAAUACCAACGAUGCUGCUGGUUCAUCGGGCGAAGAAGAAGGGAGUGGAGGAGAGAUAGAGGCACAAGACUCUCCGCGGACAAAGGAAGAUCAUGAGCUCAAGGAUAAACUGUUGCGUAAAUACAGUGGCUAUAUAAGCACCCUUAAACAUGAGUUUUCCAAGACGAAGAAGAAAGGAAAGCUCCCAAAAGAAGCAAGGCAAAUUCUCUUUGAUUGGUGGAACCUUCACUAUAAAUGGCCUUACCCAACGGAAGCUGAUAAAAUUAGUCUUGCCCAAGUGACUGGACUGGAUCAGAAACAAAUUAAUAACUGGUUUAUAAAUCAAAGGAAGCGCCAUUGGAAGCCAUCAGAGAACAUGCAGUUUGCUGUCAUGGACAGUCUUUAUGGACCAUGUUUUACCAAGGAUUGAUUUGGCAAUUUACCAUCCUGUUUUAACUCGUUGUACAUGAUUAAUAAUGAACUCAAUUUGGUUAUGUUCCUCGUUUACUAAUGUUCGUUUUGUUAUUAGUAUGUGUAAGGACAAAAUAUUAUUGAGGAUAGUUGCUAGAUGUGGAUAGACAGCUAUAUUAUGAUGAUUGACUGGGGA